UUUUUACAUGUGACGCUCUCCCAGGGUUUGUUUAACAUUAGCUGAGUGCGAAGAGAAGAAAAAAACAGUAAGACCGUCCGCUCCAACUUCACAACAGUAAGGUCGCUAUGGUGAACAGCAGGGUGGAGGCACCCACAGUAGCAGUAAUGGGCGGCAGCGGGGGGACGGCGGGCAGGUCGUGCGCAGGAUGCGGAGGUCGCAUCGCAGACCGCUUCCUGCUCUUCUCCAUGGAACAGUACUGGCACACACGCUGCCUCAAGUGCUCCUGCUGCCACGCUCAGCUGGGAGAGUACAGCAGCACCUGCUACAGCAAAGGAGGCAUGAUCCUCUGCAAGAAUGACUACAUCAGGCUGUUUGGACACAGUGGAGCCUGCAGUGCAUGUGGACAGUCCAUCCCUGCCAGUGAGAUGGUGAUGCGAGCACAAGGCAACGUUUACCACCUUAAGUGUUUCACCUGUGCAACCUGCAGGAACCGCCUGGUGCCUGGCGAUCGCUUUCACUACAUCAACGGGACAAUCUUCUGCGAACAUGACCGGCCGGGAGGAGGCCUGCUCGGUGGACACCCGACCCCACUGCAGACCAACAGCAUGAUGUCUGACCAGAAGGUCUGCUGAGGAAGAGGACGGGAAACCAAAUGUGUGCCUUCUCCCCCGCACCUUCCUCCUCUGUCUCAUCUUCACCCUCCUCUUCCUCCUCUACCUGUAAACCUGCCAUUGGUUGAUCUCCCUCCAUUCAGACAGACUGUCACUGUACAAUCUGGAUUCAUUCAGUCCUGCUGCUGGUUUCCAUUUCAACUCACAGAUACAAACUGGCUUUUGUGAGAAAAACAUGAGGAGUGAAACGUGAACACGUGCAGUGUUUAGUUGGAGGCGUGAGGACGCUGAGGAUGCUGGGAGUUUUUCAUACAGCAGACUGCUGUCUAUUGUUGAACUGUGGCAAUAUGACACAUCAGAGCUGGCACGGCUAAUGGAAGACUUGUCCUGGAAUUAUCCCAUUCCAGUGAUUCCAGUGGAAUCACACAUUACCUUUAUCCUGCCAGCCAGCUGCAGCGGGCGCCCAGUGAGGAGAGAACACUAACAGCAGUGUGACUCCUGCAGGAGAUCAGAGACCACACAC